ACCGCACCCCAUUGAAGUGGUCCCUCGUCACCGGCCCUUGCCGCAGCCUUCAUUCUUUUCCCCCGUUACAUGUUUCGGCAUGCGCCCGCGAACAAAGGCAGUCGCUGAGAAACAGGCACCGAACCCGCAGCCUCCGACGACAAACCUUUAGUAAACGGCUGCAACAUGAGCCUUUGACUCCCUCUAUCACCUAGCGACUCCUACCAGGUGGCUUUGCAACGAUUCUGACGCAUGCGUUUGCAAGCUCAAGCUCUUUGGACAAAAGCUGCUGACCUCCUCAACCCCCGAGCUCGAGCUUCUACUGCAAGCCGCCUCCCCUCACCUCCGACACUUAUAAGAAGACGAACCGCCGCGUACUGGCAGGGCAGACCGGACGGCCGCGAUCGUACAAUCCAGCUUUUUCCCACCAUCCUCAACGACCUUUACGCCAUGCCGGCCAACAAGAGAGGAGCACCGUCCUCGAGCACGUCGAGCGCGAAGAAGCGCAAGACAGACAAGGACUUGCAAAAGUACUAUGCCGUGCGCACUGGAGCGCGUCCGGGUAUCUACCUGACCUGGGCCGAGUGCCAAAAGCAGACUGCCGGCUUUCGCGGAGCACAAUUCAGACGACGAUUCGGACGACCUCUCUGUGGAGUCAGAUGACACUUCCACCAAGGACGCUCCCACCAAGGACACUCCCACCGAGGACACUCCCAAGGUUUACACAGACGGAAGCAGUCUGGGUAACGGUACUCCGGGCUCCGUAGCGGGCGUAGGCGUCUACUUCGGACCCAAUGACCCGAGACAGCAAGUACUCG